AUGAGGCUGUCAAUAUCACAAGCAAAAGUCAAGUGCGUCCAUGAAGGGCAACCGCCCUGUCAACGUUGCUUGAAGUCCAAGAACCAAGGAUGUAAUUUAACAGAUCCCCGCACCUCAAGACAGAGGACACGGAGGAAUACCAUCUCAUCCAAAACCCCAAGAAAGCGAAAGGCAUCAUCCGCCUUAUCGCCGGUGGUUGGAGAUGCGGAAAGAAGCACCCCUGAGAAUGCCCCCGUGGCUCAAGACCUAUCCAACGAUCCCAUAGCUGCGCUGUCACCGGCAACCGUCAUCAGCGCAGUAGAAACAUACAGAAAAAAGUUCCCAAUCACUAAUUUUCUUCAUUACCCCUCUUUAAUCUCCGAAAUAUCAUCCAACGUCCAUUCGGUAGACUCCGUCUUUGUGGCCUCGGUCCUUUCCUUAUGCGUACGGUUUAUGAAAAGCGAUGAACUCGAAGAAGAAGAAACCUACGCCGACUAUGCACGCAAAAACCUUGCGCAGCGCGUGCUUGAGGCCCCCUCGCUUUAUCUUGCUCAGUCCCUUGUGAUGCUCUCAUUUUAUGAGUGGGGCACUGGGCGACCAUAUCAAGCUUGGAUGUAUAGCGGCAUGGCAACGUACAUGAUUCAAUCCCUUCUAAAGAUGGCAGAUGAUAGCAUGGAGCACAAUCCUCAAGAGUUCCAUGCAUCACAAACACAAUACGAACAGCUGGUCCGAACGUACUGGUGCUGUUUUGCGCAGGACUGCGAGCUGAGCUCCGGAGCCCGUCAGCACUUUGCACUAUCAUUCUCCCAGAUCUCAGUUCCUCUCCCUAUCAGUGAUCGGGACUUCACGUUUAAUCAUACGCCAGCCAGCAGGUUGAUGCCUGCUGAUAUGAAUAAAAACUGUUUGCUAGCGAAGGACCUUACGAUUGAGCAUGGUCUCACAAUUGUGACUCGGGGAUUUGAUAUAUUCGUACGAAUCCUAAGAUUUGCGAACGAACAUCGACGAGCACUGGCUUCUUUAUCUUCGAACGAUUCCACCUCCCCGCUCCUCUUGACUUGGCAGGUCCUCAAGGAGGAACUGGAUGAAUGGAGGUCUCUCCAGGAUGUAACAGUUAGGUUCCCAGCUACCAGCGUUCAGUCUCACGUGGCACUCGGGUACGGAGAGUUGUUUGCAUACAUCAAUCUGGUUCAUUGCAUGAGCAUCCUUUUCCUCCAUCGGGACCGCUUCUUAUCCAACCUCAAGCCCCAUUCCGACGUUUUCCACGACACAAAUGACAACGCGCAAGGCGAACCCGACACGAUCAAGCAGCUAUUUGAAGUCGCUCAGCAAAUCGGGGGUAUCCUCAAUGCGCUAGAUGCCUCUGGUGCACCUGUCAUAUCACCGUAUUCGGGCUUCAGCGUCUUUGUCGCGGCUCAUAUCAACAUGUACGGCACAAUUGCCCCACAGCGAUAUCCAGGUGGCCUCAAACGAGCUGAGGAAGAAAAGAGUCGAAAUCUCGACUACCUCGAGCGACUGAGUAAGCUCUGGCCUGUUGGUCGCAGCUGGUUGCGAACGGUCCAAGAAGCAAAUCGAUUCUACGAAAUGGUCAAGAGUAACCAAGCCCACUCCGCGUCUGGGAUGCACAGUCCCAGGAGAUUUGCCCUCGCGGGUACCCUGGAUGAAUAUGGUGAUAUCCGAUCUCGUCCGAGUAGAGACGCGUAUGCGACUAGAACACGAACCUCUGAAUCCAGUGAUACCCACGGCUCUCGUGCCCGUGGAGGGACUUCGUCGUCGCCUGGUCUUGGUGGUGAGAACAGCUUUCUUGCUAGAGAGAAUUCUGCGCUUGGUGGUCAUCAUGACUUCGAAACUGAUAUGUUUCAAUGGCCGUUUAUUGAUGGGUCAUGGUCCCUUGGGUUUGAUGCGGGAUUGGAUGGGUUGUGGUCUAACUCGGGGUUGUUUGAUCCAAAUCCGGCUCUUAGAUGA